GAGAGAGAGAGAGAGAGAGAUGGGUUGUAAUGGGGGUGAGGCGGUGGCUGUGUGCAGUGACAAGAGCAUGGGAAUAGGGAUAACAAUAUGGGACAUAGACACAGGAGAUCGUCUUCUUCACAUACCCUCCUGUGCUUCUCCUCCUAGGGGUCUUUUGUGCUUGAGGAACCAGUUCAUUUUUGCUUCUCAGAUUCACAGGCCUGGCUCUGUUGGCGGCGGUGUCAUCUCCAUGUGGCCCUUGAACAAGCCUCAACAGCCUCUUUGGAGCUACCCCUUGGAGGCCAUUGUAUCAAUUGCAUGCACAAAGGAUGGUGUAUAUUUUGCCGGUGGUGCUCCAUCUGGAAAUGCAUAUGUUUGGGAGGUCAAUAGUGGAAAAAUGCUCAAAACUUGGCCUGCACAUUGUAAUUCUGUGAACUGCAUGCUGUUUUCUGAUGAUGGUUCUCUUCUCAUUUCUGGUACAGACAAUGGCAUGAUCAGUGUGUGGUCUUUGAUUAGUUUGCUAGAUGUGGAAGAUUACCAAAGCUUUCCCUCAUUACUAAAUUAUUCAAUGGAUCACAAAUCCUCUAUAACUGGCCUGUCUGCCACAUCAGGGAGCUCAAGAUUGAUCCUGGUAUCAAGCUCACUUGAUGGCUCAUGCAAGGUUCGGGAUAUAGGCUUGGGAACACUUCUGCAAACUCAAAUUUAUCCAACAGCAAUAACGGCACUUGUUCUUAACCCAACAGAGCAGCUCUUUUAUUCUGGGAGUAUAGAUGGAAGAAUUUUCGUGAACCAACUUGAAAUUGGACUGGUGGAAAAUGACCCUUUGUUUCCUUCUGAAGAUCAAGCAGUUGUGCUAAAAGGACACAAAGGAUCUAUUACUGCAAUGACCUUCUGCCAAUCUGGUCUAGUAUCUGCAUCUGAGGAUUGCACCAUCUGCAUCUGGGAUGCCAACACUGGAACAAUCAUUCGUAGAUUCAACCAUCAGAAAGGGGCUGUAACUAAUCUGGCAGUGAUCCCACGGUCCUCACUGCUUCCAGGAUCAAGCCAACGGAGGGGAUUAGGUCUUUCGUUACUUGAAAAGUAUCCUCAGCCUGCCAAUUUAUUCAGGCAAGACACUCGUAUCACUCUUGCUUCUCCAUGCCAAGUCCUGAACGAGAACCAGACAGCAAUCAAUUUCCAAACCACACAUUCAUGCCAACACAUGUAUGACAUGGAGAAAAAAUACACUCCUGCAUCAAUGGAAAUAAAAUUGGAACAAAGUUUAGCUGAGCGGACGUGGGCAACAACAAUGGCAAACCAUGUAAUGGACAUGAAUAGGCACCUUCAGUCGCAGUUGUUAGAUUUGAUGCAGAGCAGGUUUUUAUUGUCCAAGUCUACUGAAAUGGAUUCACCUCCAACAAAAAAGAGAAAGAUUUCCAUGUCCGAAAGUCCACAAUUACAGGAGGUGGAGCAUCCCUGAUAAUAUAUCCUCAUGAG